AUGUUGAGCCUCAACUUCAUCCUCUGGGUUUCACUGAGCUUGUCAGCGUCUGCUUUUGCUUCCCCGGUCGAGCAGCGAAACGCAUCACCUCUCGCGCAAUUUGCUCUGCAAAAGGUCUUGAGUGAUGCUUCUCCUAUCUUUGGGAACUAUGUCAGUCCCAACAAGAAGCGCAAAACAGAAACUUGGAUGAAGGCGUAUCCCGAUUCCAAACGCAUAGUUCACAUGAAUAUCCCUGGGACCCACGAUGCAUCUACCUGGAACUACUCUCAAGAGACUCAGGAUGCCCUGAAACAUGUGACAGCUCUCAAUGGAUUCGCCCAGCACGAAACUCCUCCUCAAUGGCUUCGUUGUCAAGAAAGCUCUAUUGCCACUAUGUUGAACGCCGGCAUCCGUGCCUUCGACCUCCGUUUCGCAUUCGAUGUUACGAAUAGCACCUUAGUAUUUUACCACAGCCGGGGGCUACAAUCACAGACCACCACAGUGGAGGACCUCCUGUUUGGCCUUUACACAUGGCUUGACGACCAUCCCUCAGAGGCGUUGUUCCUCUCAUUUCAGUACGAAGGUGGAACAACACAGUAUGCUUCGAACAACGCCGCUGUCCAAAUGGCAAUGUUCAACACUUUGACUUCCCCAUCGGCCAAGAACUACUUUCUUCAGACAAAAGGAGAACUCGGCACUCUCGGCCAGGCCCGCGGGAAAAUCACUCUUUUCCGCCGCUUCGAUAUGGAUCAAUUGUCCAGUUCAUAUGAAGCCGCGUUGCCAGGUCUCCAUUUCCCACCCGCGUUGUGGUCCGACAAUGGCCCAGAUAUAACACUCGUGUACAAUGAGGAAAAGAAUCUUACUGCGUAUAUUGAAGACUUCUAUGAAACUGGGUUGGAAAUAGGCUCUUCGGCUGAGCUCAAUAUUCAGCUGAAAUAUAACCUCACCGCCGCCCAUCUCCUCAAGGCCACCACCGAAUCUCCGGAUAGUUUAUUCUGGACUUGGGCGAGCAGUGAGUACACUAGUAACGUACCGGUUGACACUCCGCGAAUUAUGGCAUUGGGAAAUGGAACGGAACUGACGCCAUUGGGUGGGGUAAACCAGAGGCUGCUUCCGCGUUUGAAGCAGUUCAAGGGGAAGAGGGUUGGGAUUAUCAUGUUUGACUUCUUUGAUACUCCUUCUGACCUCGUGGAGACACUUUUGAGUCUGUAA